GAACGAUCCCUAGGGGAAUUCCUCCCCCCCGGCCAAACGUCAAAAAGCAGCCGCCCGCUCCUCCUCUCUCUGCACCACCAAUACCUCGCAAUUCGUGAGAUGGCAGCGGUGGAGAUAUGCAACCAUUCCUGUCCAAAGCACCACGGACCGCCUGUUGCUAUCGCUCUACAAUAGGCUGUGUGACGGUUAAUCGUCGAUUCGGCGAAUUCUAUAAACGGUUUUACUCGGCGGUUGCCAGUGGGCAGAGGAAGGAUGGUGAGGGCGAUAAGGGAGCGGGAGGGGAGGAAAUUGAUACCAAGGAAAGUGGUAGGUGGAAGGAAUUCAAACAUCCGGUGCCCCACCCAAAAGUUACGAAUAAUUGUGAGAUAGCAGGACAUCUGAUCAUGCCCCACGCACUGCGGAAGCAUAUCGAAGGGACGGCGAAAGCUCUGGCGACGAGGGUGUUAGAACAUGAUCGUUUAGUCAGGGCUUUGAGAGCGGAGAUAGCCAAAUGGCAUCGGCGAGAUACGGGGGAUAGGACGGCGUCGGAUCAAAAGGAUAGGAAGCCUUCUACAGGCUCCGACAGUGAGUUCGAUCAGUUGGAGAUGCUCAAGAAGACGCUACAGCAUAUCACCCAUCGCUAUUACCAGGUGCCGGAGAGACCCGAUCCAGAGAAGGAAGGAUCGGAUGGCAAAUCGACGAAGGUGGCAGACACCAAAAGGCACACCCCUUAUAUCCCACCUUUCCCGGAGUACGUCACACCUGGGCCACCAACAGAGUUGAAUGAAUCCCUUAUCAAACUGUUAUCUACCCGACCCCCACCAAUUGCUUUUCUCCCCAAGAUAUGUUAUAAUCUGCUCACAUCGCCAACGGCACCGGAUGUCGAAACAUUCAACAUCCUCAUUUUGGGCCUUACCCGCCUACGACAGAACUCCCUCGCCCAUGUCCUCUUCCGUGCGCUUCUAGAAGGCGGCAUCGGUCCUAAAGUCACUCCAAACGAGGGAACAAUCAUUCGUAUAAUCGGCCUCUGCGUAAAAUCCAGCGAUUACGCCGGCUUCCUAAAAGUCAUGAACAUCCUCUGGCGUCAGCAAAUGCGUCCAGGAAAAACGCGCGAACAGAGAAGACGCCCGAAACCUAUCCUUGAAGCAAUCAUCUACGGCUUUUCAAAGUUUGGCAAGGGCGACCAAGUGCUGGUCUACCUCCGAGCCCUCGCGCGGGAGUGCCCCUACUCGCCAGAGCCGUCAAUGUGGGUCUGGACUGCCAUACUAAAACUCUACACCGAGAAAUCCGACUGGCCCCAGGGGAUCCGCACAUGGAAACAAAUGAUGAAGCAAGACGCCCAAUACCAAAAAGACAGUACUAGCGAGCGUGCCGACUUCCGCGCUUUUCACCAAAUGUACAAGCUCUGCAGGAAAUGCGGAAACGAAGCGUGGACAGCGGCGGUCCUAACCCUCGCAGCACAGCGCGGUUGGGACAAGGAAACCCUGGCGAAGAAGCCGAAUAAGGGGAAAGGGGUCUGGUUCCGCAGACAAAACAAAGCGCCAGAUUACGUCAAGGGACGAGGAGUCUACAUGCGCGAGGUCGAAGGGAAGGACCUGCUGCGAGCGUUGGAUUACGCCUGGGCGAUGCAGGACCUCGCGGAGGACCGGGGCCAUGCCAACAUCGAUUAUGAAGAUAUAGGGAAGAUGCUUGACGACCCCUCCUUCGACGCCUUUAGAAUGAGGUACCCGGCGCAUCCGCCGCCGGAGAAACCGCUCGUGUCCAGGGAGCAGAAGAUUCGUACCUGGGAGGAGAUAUUGGAAGCAAGGAUGAAGGUAGUCUCCGAAAAACUAAAGGCUCGCACGCGCAAAAGGUUCUCGAAGAGGAAGAAACCGAGGAAGAGGAGGAGGAAGGGUGGCGAUGAUGAAGCGAGUGAUGGCCAGGGUGACGAUAAUAGUGGGCCCAGCGUCAAGAGCAACGACAACAACGGUGCUGGCGAUGGACAAUGAAUGAGUGCGAUUGAAGGAUACCGCGUGAUUGACACAUUGUAUAAAGUAGAAUAAAAAUAAAAAAAGGAGAAUUGCAAUCUUUUCCAUCCACCUUUUUCCGCAUUCCCCCGUUCCUGUCUAUUAUUUUGUUCUCUUUCCUUCUUUCCUCUUUCUCCCGUUUCCUUCCUCUUUGGAUGGCUUUUUCCAUCCCCGCAGUUUAGAAUGCUCUGCUUGUAUACUAUUGUAUAUGCGCAUGGGAACAUCGGUUUCAAUAGAAGGUGGUUGAGGGUAGUCGAAAGGGGCAGGCCGCGCUAGACCACGGUAGAGGAUCGGGAAAGUGGGCGUGCAUAUAUUAGUCUCUUAUGUUUUCUGUUUU